AUGCUCUUCAUAGCGACUUCCGAAGAGAGAAUCCGUGGUGGAGCUUCACCGGUGGGAAUGAUCGGGCUUGACACAGGAGUUGAUGAACAGAAAAGGGUUUUUGACGCAGAGGGCGGAGGCGAAGGAUGGCCAAACGAGGUGGCAGGACCUCGUGAGAAUCGACAAGAUGGACGACAGAUGAAUGCACAACAAACAACCAACACCGCCUACAUUUCGCGACGGAACCUUCUCUCCACGAAUGACGAGUGUACCGUCAUUCAUCUGUCGUACGUCGCUCCUUCUGCACUUGGUCUCCUGUAG